UAUAAAAAAAGUAUGAUUUUGAAAAAGUCGCAUCGACUUCGCCCAUUAGUAGUUUCAAACAAAAGUUUGGUUUAAUUACAUUUCAUAAAUUUGUAGUUUGUUAAUUUUCAGGUCGUUCACUGUAAUCAGUAGUUUGCAAUUAAAGAUUGUUUAAUGGCUUUCCCGGCGUCCAAUGCACAAGCGGACGUGACCAAAAAGAUACUUGAGGAUAUUCAAAUAAAGAAGCAACUUUUGCAGAAAGGCGUUAGCCCGGUUACAUCAAACAUAAGUUCUACUCCUGCUGGCCUCACAAUCCCUCAGUAUAUCCAAGCAACCAAUCAAGCUCAGACUGCCCAGGCACCUGAAAGUUCCAUUAACGCAACUGCUAAAGCUGUGUGGAGCCAAGCUCUCAGCCAGUCAUACGGAUUCUUCAUUCCGCAAGAUUCUUUGUUUGGAAACAGCAUCAUUCCGGUACUACCACGUUUUGAAAACCCAAAUCCAACAGGAAGCAGCAGCGGGACUACUACUGGCGGCGGUGCUACUAGCAGCGGCGUUACUCCAUCGACCUUAAAUAAAUAA